UUGUGUUCAGCUUUGUGUUUAUUCAUUUUUACUCCUGUGUUUUCAACAGUUUUGAAGUCAUUGAUGUAACGUUAUAUGUGCAAGUUUUGGACUCUUUUGACCAACUAAAGACUAUUUAACGGAGCGCUUCUUGAGUGCGCAGUAUCUUGUGAGUGUGUGCUGUGUUCUUCAGCUCGUCUGCAGGAUGUCUUCACUGGUUUCUCACGGGUUUCAGAGCAGUAAACAGGACUUCAGCUUCGGGCCCUGGACUGUCAGCGCGGCCAAGACUCACAUCAUGAAGUCUAAAGACAUCGAGAGGUUAGCAGAGACCAUGAACAUGCCGGCUCUCCCAGAGAUGCUGUUCGGUGACAAUGUGCUGCGCAUUCAGCACGCCGAUGGUUUCGGGAUCGAAUUCAACGCCAUCGACGCUCUCAAACGUGUCAACAACAUGCAGGACUCUGUGAAAGUGGCUUGUGCGCAGGAGUGGCAGGAAAGCAGGGCCGAGUCGGAGGCGUCUAAAGAGGUGGUGAAGCGCUACGACUGGACCUACACCACGGAUUACAGGGGCACUUUACUCGGAGAGCACCUGCAGAUCCAGGUGAAGCCCACGGACGAGCGCAUCGACAUGGAGAAGCUGAGAGCGCGAGAACAGAUCAAGUUCUUCGAGGACGUGCUGCUGUUCGAGGACGAGCUGCACGAUCACGGCGUGUCUAUGAUCAACGUGAAGAUCAGAGUGAUGCCCACCAGCUUCUUCCUCCUGCUGCGGUUCUUCCUGAGAGUGGAUGGAGUGCUGAUCAGGAUAAACGACACGCGUCUGUAUCACGAGGCUGGAAAAAAACACAUGCUCCGAGAAUUCAGCACACGGGAAAGUCAAAUGUCAGACCUCCAGCACGUUCCUCCGGCCGUUUACACAGACCCCAAUGAAAUCGCCCCGCACCUGCCGCUGAAGCUCAUGGAGUGUGAGAGGCUGGAGUUUCCAGAGCGAGCGACGCACACAGGAUCAUCAGACUGACGCGAGCGGAGCAGAGCGCGCUAAAGACUCGAACCCGGAGCCGCGGCGCGUCACUGGAGCCUCACGUCUCGUACCGUCGAGCUGCUGUUUCACAGACUCUAAAUCUGAAGCUGAUGCUUGUUUGAUUGGGGAAGAUUUCAUUAAAAUCCUUGAAAUGA